AUAAACAAUUUAUAUUUUUUUUCAUUCUCACAAACAGGCAAAGGGCAAACCCUAACUUUCCAAUUUUCCUCCCAAUUCAAAGCUCGCAAUUCUCAAGCAUACAGACUCGAAAUCUCUAAUUGAAGCAGAAACGCAAAGAAUCGAGAACAAAUUUCUUCACACAGUGAUCGAAUUCUGCAAAAUCUCAAUCAAGGUUUAGUGAUAUUAAUAGCCAUCAUGAGAUUCAAGAAGGGGAAUAAAGUGGAGAUACUUAGCCAAAAGGAGGUGCCUUCGGUAGCAUGGCGUUGCGCUGAGAUUAUCUCAGGUAAUGGGCACACCUACAGUGUUAAGUAUGAUUGGUCUCCUGGUAAGGAUAGUCAAGCAGUUGUGGAGAGAGUUCCAAGGAAGGAUAUUAGGCCUUGCCCUCCACCUGUUCAAAGUGCAGAGAUUUUGGCAGUUGGUGAUGUUGCGGAGGUGUUCAAUGUUGGUUUCUGGAAAAUGGCUAAGGUGUUGAAGGUUUUGGAUGAAAAUUAUUACUUGACUAGGCUACUUGGAUCUUCUGAGGAGUUUAGAGUGCACAAACAUAGGAUCCGGGUGCGCCAAUUAUGGAAAGAUGACAAAUGGGUUGUGAUCGGAAGGGGUUCUGAAAAUCGGAUUAGCUCGCAAGUCCCACAAUUGAAUGCAAGAAUAAAGCUCACAGCUGGGAAUGAUUGUUUACCUCCUCUGGACAUCAUCAGUUAUCAGGAUUCCCAUACUGUCUCAUCGAGAUCAUUGAAGAGAGGUUCUCCAUAUUGCUCGUUUUAUAUUGACGGAUAUUCACGAAAGAAGAGAGCAAUUGAGAAGGGGUGUGAGCACCAACACGUUUUUUCUGGGUCCCCAUCUUCCUUUCUCAAAAAGGUAGAUGCUGUUGCUUACCCGCGAGAAAAUCUGGGUGAAAAAUACAUGCAGGCUUCCUUUAUUAAUCGUACAACUGGAUGUUUUGAAAAGGAGAGGGAAGAGUUAAAUGGUGCUAUUUCUUGUUCUGUUGAAAGAAGUUCAGAACUUGAUGAAUGUGAUAGUGAUGCAUGCUCUGUGGGUAGUUGUAGUGUAAUUAGUAGCAGUUCAAAUAAGUUUUCCAGUCAUAAUUUAGCAGGUACUAGUCAAGAUUCAGAUACCCUUUCUAGUGAUGCCGAUUCUUUUUGUGGAGAUGCGCAAGAAAAUUUUUCCGUUCCUCUGGAAGAGGAUGUACCAGCAGGAAUCCAUAGGUUAGAGUUGAAUGCUUAUCGCAGUACUCUGGUGGCAAUGCAUGCAUCUGGGUCCUUAACUUGGGAACAAGAAGCGUUAUUGACAAAUCUCCGUAUUUCACUGCACAUUUCAAACGAUGAACAUUUGAUUGAAGGCCAAGGUUGGAGCCUUGCUUGCCUUGCCUUGCUUCCAAAGGCUUAGAUGAUGCUGAGGUUUGUCAUCUUGGCGUAUACAAUGGAACUAUUUAUUUCGAAUUUUCUUCGUAAAUGACAAUAUGCCGCCAGAAAGUGGUACAAUUAUUUUCUCUGAUUCUUUGAUGUGAUUCAUUUUGGGUCUGCUGGGAACUGUGGACACAUCUUCUACCAAAGCAGAACGUACGUGAACUUUGAAAAGGUUCCCAGUUUGCUUGAUGCAGUUUUCCUAAUUCUUUGCUGAUGAUAUAUCUCUUUAUUGUUUAUUAACUUUGCAUUUUUUUACUUCUAUAAUAUAUUAAGUAUUAUAUGCUUUAGAUUAUAACUUAUGCAAAUUAAGUACCAUUUCCUUGUAUUCUUUUAAUUCAGAAAGCCCAGAAAAUCGAAAUUUCUGGUAUCUUCUUUGAUCUUAUAGAAAGUUGUAGUGUUUAUACGAUCCGUACCAUCUGUUUAUUUAGACUCUUUAUUCAUGAGUACCUUGUGCGUUACUUGAAUUUAAGUGGCUUUAAAGUUCAUACAAACUAUUUGGCAUGCAUUUGUUUCAUUAAGCUACAGUUUGGACUUCAAAACUGGACCAUUUAUAGUUGUUUGUGUUUAUAUUUGAUUUAUGUACGCCAAUGAAAGUUAUCUGAAGUCAUUAAUAUUUCUAUUUUGAUAUGAUGUGAUAUAUUAUUGAAUUGGAUGGUAUAAUGUUCUUAUUAUUUAAAACAAUAAUCUGGAAGACUUAAUUUAAGUUUCUGAUCUUUGAAAUUAUCACAUUUGAAAGUGAAAACAAUAAAAGUGGACCGUUGGCUACGAGAGGUAAUUUGCACAACUAGAGAGAAGUCAAAGGAAAUAAAUAAACAAAUCAUUGUACAAACAAAGUAGAGAAAUCUCUAAAUGAAAUACAUUCAAAGUCUUACAUUUGUAAGUAGAACCCUUUUUAACUGUUGAUAACAUGGAGAUAUGGUUGUGGAAGGUAACUUAUCCAAAUUACUUUGUGAUCUCUAACACAGGACACAUGUAAACUACUGUGACUGUGAACUUCACAAUUGAUUUAGGAUUUGUGUGAGUGAUUAAAGCAAUUUGUAGUUAUCUCAUUAUAAAAGUAUCCUGGUGAAUUGAAUAGAACUAGUAGCACUAUGUACUGUUCUAGGAAUAAAGCAUUUGUAGUUAUCCAGUCUAUUAUCAUCAAUAACAUGUGAAAUUCCUUGACAAUUUCCAAACAAUUCUAUGAACUGUUCUAGGAAUAAAGCAUUUGUAGUUAUCUCAUCAAUGAAUUGUUUGGAAAUUGUCAAGGACUUUCACAUGUUAUUGAUGAUAAUAGACUGGAUAAGGCAACAGUGCUCUGUGGCAAAAGAGCAAUUGACCAACACUGGUGUGGCUAAAGUGAUUGCCGGCUUUGCAGCUCAGAUGAAAGGAUCAAUUCAAAUUGGCUAAGUAUUUGCCCUACAUAAUAUAAUUUUUUGACAAGGUAUGUACAACAAUUCUUUGAAUGUAAUUCUCAAUCCUCGGCAAAGUUAACAAAAUAAUGUUGUAUAAAGCUCAAUUUUUAGGGAUUGGUUUGUACAUAAACAUGCUUUGUGUAUCCCAUUGGAAUUUUGGCAGAUGUUUACGGAUUGAGUAAUGACAGAGGAGGCUGACAAAAGUUUCACUUGGGAUACUAUUUAAUGCAACAAUCAACUGUGUAGAUUCUUUUAAAUGGACUAGAUCUUCCUUUUAACAUUUGAAAUUUUGGAUUCUUCAAGGAAUUCUCAAGGAAGGCCAGUUUAACUUUAUUUUGCAGUUAUAUCUAUGAACACGGCAUCUUCGAGACCAGUACCAGGUCUUCCUUUUGGAAAUUGCUCUGGAAUGGUUGUUAGAGUUGAGACUAGAAAAAUGCUGUUGCAGAUCUUCAGUCCUUUUCUGUCUCAUUCUUUUUGUAAUAUUGAAUUGUGAGAUAUAUGGAUCAAUGUACAGUUGAGCAAUAUAUAUUUUUUAUUUGGAUAA